GUGAUAUUUUGAUUUCAUGCCUUUACAGUAAAGAGGGAUCAAUUACUAGGACAAACUAAAUUAUCUGGGUUUCAACUAGAAUUAUAAACUUUACACCUGAAUGAUCAGAAAACUGGGUAAAAUGUUGAUUUGUCGUGUUCUUGCAAUAUGCUUAACGAUUGUGGUGUCUGGAUCUAUUUCAGUUGGAUCCGAUUCUGAAUCUUUGUUGACCUGCUCCAAAUUUCAUUUUGAAGAAAAGGUGUUAGAGAAGCUUGUGCGCUUAGAACAUAAAAUGGAAAUAACUGAAGAAAAGAUGAAUGAAUGGGAAAUUAAGUUAGAGUCACUGUCUUCGAAAAUAGACGAACAGAUGAAGAGAUGGGAGGAUACAUUUUCAUCUAAAUUGGCUAAAAUGGACGAAACCGUGAACGAGACAAAGAUAUUUGUAAAAUCAGUGCGAGAUAUACAAUUGCAGGAACAAUCAAGAAUUUACGAUUUGUAUCACGAAAGUGUUGAACAUUUUAAAAAUCGAACGCAAAAUGAAUCCGAAAUGUAUGGACAACAGAUUAAUUCAAUAUUAGAAUCUAUGUCUUCAAAAAUUGAAGAAGUCGGUGUCGCUGAAAAGAGAAGAGGCAACGCUAUGGAAAUAAUGCAGUAUACCUUUCAGCAAGAUCAGCGACGGUUCAACCAAUCAGUUGACAUCUUCUUGGAAAACACCAAACUUCAGUCUAAUAAAACAAUUAUUGAAUUGCUUUCAAAGCAACGGAAAGUGGCAGUCACGGCUUGUGUAUAUCCAGGUCGAAGUUUUUCCGACGGCGUUGUCAGAUUCUCUACCGUGAAUUUUUAUAUAGGAAUUAAUUCCAUUGAUACGUUCAAAUCCAGUGGGAAAUUUGUUUGUGAGAGUCCUGGUUUGUAUUAUAUUUCAGCUCAUAUAUAUACAAAUACAAAACUUGGUGUUUUCUACGUCAAGAAAAACAGUAUGACCAUUGCUAGUUCAGCAUCUCAUUCAACUAGUACACACUCUACUAAUCCAAUAUCUGCUGUAGUAGAACUUCAACUUAAAGAUACAUUGUACGUGAGUAAUGCAGGUCUCACGAUUAUUGCAACGUAUUCAUGUCUGUCAAUAUUGAAAGUUGGAUAA